AAUUAAUGAAUUGGUUCAGAGCACCUGUAUGGAUGCACCGAAAUAUCUUCAGCAUGAAUGUGACAAGUUAAUGUUCAAGUUUGCUGAUCAUCUCACUGAUAUGUUGGUCAACAAGAUGGAUUCAACACAAGUGUGUCACAGUUUAAACCAUUGUAAUGUGUCAACUGCAGUUAUUGAAAAUUUCGAGAGAUUUGAAGCGGCCAGUGUGAAUUGUUUAAUAUGCAAGCUGCUAAUGAGGGCAGCAAAGAAAAUAAUCGAUACCGAGAAUCAGAAACACGCGAUAUUAAACUUUUUAAGAAACACUUGCAAACGGCUGCCUGUAGCUUAUUUUGAUAAAUGCAACAACAUUGUGGAGACAUACGGCAACUUGGUAAUCGAAGUUAUCGAAGAUUGGACCGAGAAAAACUUCUGUAAGAAGAGUGGCUUUUGUAGUAAUUUUUAA